UUUGAAUCAGUUGGCUUUGAGUCUCACAAAGUGUUGGUCGCAAUGGGGACACAUUUUCUGUUGUGGUCCCUAGUAAUAUUACAGUUUUUAAGUUAUCAUUUAUCAGAAAGUCAGCAGAUUCCCCAAUUUUUGAAGAAGAAGUAUGGGAGUCAAUUUGGGCACCAAUUAGGAGGAAAUACCAAGAAAACGUACUCUCAUACAAAAACGAAAACUAAAACGAAAAGUCAUUAUGCUGGCAGUAGCAAUUAUGGAUACAGCCCUUCCUUAUAUCAAACACCAACGGCUGGAACUGGUUUUCACACAGGAUCUGCUAAGUCCGCUUUCAGGUUCAAAGGUGGUUGCAGUUCUCAACCACCUUAUCCUAACAAUGCUGGCGUGAGAUGUUCGUCGAUUAGUGGAUGCCGUGCUGAUUGUUUGCCAGAUUAUCAGUUUCCGAAUGGGCAAACCCAAAUGAGGUUCACUUGUGAGUCCGGAAAAUGGCAUGUUGAGGGAAUAGAAGUAACUUCUGUGAGUUCUUGUGAACCUAUUUGUUCACCGCAAUGUCAAAACAAAGGUAUAUGUUUUGCACCGAACCAGUGUCAAUGUCCGAAAACCUACUCAGGACCCCAGUGCCAGUUCGAGAAUAAACCCUGCAUUAAUUACCCUACACCGCCAAUGAACGCAGCACGGAGAUGCAAUUCAAAAUUAUGUACGGUUACUUGCAUCGAAGGACAUGAAUUUCCUGAUGGUUCUGGAAUAACUACGAUGGCAUGUAAGGACGGUCUCUGGGUUCCCACCAAUGAAAAGUGGACUUCAAUACCAGAUUGCAGAGCGACUUGUAAUCCGCCCUGCCAAAAUGGUGGUAACUGUUUAUCAUUCAAUGUUUGUCAAUGCCCACAGGAGUAUAGAGGACCUCAGUGCCAAUAUAAUGCGGACGUCUGCUCUGCCAAAAAACUUCCAAUUAAUGGGGGUUACAACUGCACCGGCGACUUAGACUCUUUCAGCUGUUCUAUUUCCUGCCCAGAAGGCAUCAAUUUUGAGUUCCAGCCUGCGCCAGUAUAUGAGUGUCGUUAUGAAACAGGGGUGUUCCUUCCGAGUCCCAUGCCGAAAUGCAUAUAUCCUGAAUACACAAACAUUCUUCAAGAACCUGGAAUUACAGAUAUUUUUCGACGCUUAAAUGGAUCGAAAUCCAAUCUGGCAAAUGUUAUAGCCGGUUAUGGACAUAUACCAAUGGGAUAUUCUACUCAAUCACCAUAUGAUUCCCGUACUGAUAAUCCGUUUCCAUAUACCGUUCAUGAAGAAUUUCUGAAUGAGACCAAUGCUCGAGAGAUACCCGGCGGAUACUUCACAAGAAACGAACACCAACUAGUAACAGUGGAGAACAAGUUGCCUAAACCUGGAUCUUGUUUCCAUUGGGGAGGCACUCAUUACAAAACAUUUGACGAUCGGGUUUACAGUUUUGACUCAAAGUGUUCACAUAUUCUCGUAAAGGAUGCUAUCGACAACACCUUCACCAUCAUAACUCAGAAUCACGGAGAUUGUUAUAGCGAUACUUUGAGCUGUCAUAAGAUCAUAGAGAUUUAUGUUCAAGACAAACGUUACUUUCUGAAACUCACUCCUGACGGCAUACCGAUAUUCGGCUCUGGAAAUAAAAUACUCCCCAUUCCCGGCCAGGUUCCCGGAGUGCGAAUAGAAAUAUCUGCUCACUUUCUGGUAGUAUCGCUUGAUACCGUGGACGUCAAAAUAAGAUGGGAUGGACAGAAUUUUUUGCAAGUCGAAGCAAAGGAAAACCUCUGGAAUAGAACCGAGGGUUUAUGUGGAAAAAUUGAUGGCGAUCCAGAUAAUGAUAUAAUGACAGCUGAUGGUCACAGGCCCAAAAAUCUUGCAACCUUGGCAACUAGCUGGAAAGCUAAUAGUCUAGGAGAGAACUGCGACGAUGUACCAACAGAAGGAAAAACAUGCGAUACAAAUGUAAAAGGAUCACUUGGGUACGAAGCAACAAAAUUCUGCAAGAAAAUAAUGGCCAAUAAAGUAUUUGCCGCAUGUCAAACGGUAGUCGACAUUACAUAUCUUCUCGAUGCAUGCCGUUCUGAUUACUGCAACUGCAAAGAAGAAAGUGGCUCCCAUUGCGCGUGCAAAACUUUGAAUGUCUACGUUAGGGACUGCACCCACAAGGGAAUAAAAGGGCUGACAAAUUGGAGAGACGAAGAGACUUGCCCUAUGCGUUGUACUGGAGGGAUGGUUUAUAAAUCAUGUGGACCUACCAAAGGGCAACCAGCUUGUGGGGCCAUUUCAGUAGUGUCGGAAGAAAACGGUGAAUGUGAAGAAGGAUGCUUCUGUCCACAGGGUACUGUAAUAAAUGAUGGAAAGUGCAUCACCAAAGAUAAAUGCCCAUGCAGAUUGAGAGGGAAGACUUUCCCAGCGGGAUCAUCACUGCCAAAGGACUGCAACACGUGUACUUGUGUCGACGGGCAGUGGGUUUGCACUCAGAUCGAUUGUGGUUCGAGAUGUUCGGCGGUUGGAGACCCCCAUUACGUCACGUUCGAUGGCAGAAAAUAUGACUUCAUGGGACACUGUUCGUAUUACCUAGUGAAGAGUGAUAAUUUUUCAAUCGAGGCUGAGAACACACCUUGCGCUGGUUCAAUUUCACAAGCCAUGAACUUCCCAACGAGCAUAUCCUCUGGGAUGCCAACUUGUACCAAAACAGUUACAAUCAAAAUGAAUGGACAGAUCAUCAAAUUGAAACAAAACCACGACAUUGUUGUGAAUGGUCAAGACAUAACUAAAGUACCAUAUACUGUGUCUGGAAUAAAAAUAAGGAGUGUGUCAUCCAUUUUCCUACAAGCCAAACUACCAAAUGGAAUCGAAAUAUGGUGGGAUGGAAGUAGUAGAGUUUACAUUGACCUUCCACCAAAAUUCAAAGAGAAGACAAGGGGUCUUUGUGGUACUUUUAAUGACAAUCAAAAAGACGACUUCGUGACACCGGAAGAUGAUAUAGAACAAGCUGUCAUUCCCUUCGCUAAUAAAUGGAAAACAAGUGAAAAAUGUAACGAUAUUGCCGAAGUUCUGUCAUCGCACCCUUGUGACAAAAAUAUCCAUAAAAAAGCUACGGCUGAGAAAUACUGCGCAAAAAUAAAAUCUGACUUAUUUAAAGAUUGCCAUUGGUUUGUUGAUCCUGAUCAAUUCUACCAAGACUGUCUCUACGAUAUGUGCUCAUGCGAAUUUUCAGUAUCAAAAUGCCUGUGUCCUAUAAUAUCGAGCUACGCAACGGAAUGUUCCCGAAAGAACAUCAAAAUCAACUGGAGACUUGAAGUUCGUGAGUGUGGCAUACACUGUCCUGGUGGGCAGAAGUAUCAAAUUUGCGGCAAUUCCUGCACAAGAACCUGUUUCGAUAUUUCCGAAGAUCCCGACUGUAAGCCACAGUGUGUCGAAGGAUGUAACUGCCCGGAAGGCAUGGCGUUAGAUGAAGAUGGCGAAUGUCUACCUAUUGGACGAUGUAAAUGCGUUUACAACGGCCUAGAUUUUCCUGCUGGGUAUAAAGAAGUUAGGCCUGCUCCCGAUGGACUGGAAUUAUGUACGUGUCUCAAUGGAUUGUGGCAGUGCAAAGAAGCGACACCUGAAGAAAUGAAGCUGUACCCUAGUGCAAAUGAUUUAAAUUCCAGGUGCAACGCCUCAGCAAAUAUGGAAUUCACGACUUGUGAACAAGUUGAACCUGUCACCUGUAAAAAUAUGCACUCACCUGAUUUGUUCACUUCAUCAGUGUGCCAUUCAGGUUGCCAAUGUAAAAAGGGAUAUGUUCUGGAUACCGCGUCCAAGAGGUGUGUAAAACCCACAGAAUGUCCGUGUCAUCACGGUGGUAAGAGUUACAAAGAGAAUUCCACAGUCCAAAGUGAUUGUAAUACAUGUUUAUGCCAAAACGGAAAAUGGAAAUGCACUGAUCGACUAUGUACAGCAGAAUGUAGCACGUGGGGCGAAUCACAUUACAAAACAUUCGAUGGAAAGCGUUACGAUUAUCAAGGACAAUGUGAUUAUGUUCUGGCGAAAGGCAAUUUUGGAUCCGAGAAAUUUGAUAUUACCAUUCAGAAUGUACCCUGUGGAUCUCUGGGAACAACAUGCUCCAAAUCUAUCACCAUUAGAGUUGCUUCAGGAAAAGAUACUGAUACCAUAACAUUAGCAAAAGACAAGCUCAUUCCGAGAUAUAAAAUGUAUAAGCAUGUAACUGUAAGAACUAAAGGUUUAUUUGUAAUUGUUGAAGCGCCUGAGCUAGGCUUUACUGUUCAUUGGGAUAAGGGCACAAGGGUGUAUGUUAAAGUGGAUCCCAAGUGGAAAGACAAGACCAAAGGAUUAUGUGGAAAUUACAAUGACAACGAAGCAGAUGAUUUUCAGACACCUUCGGGAGGUGUUUCCGAAGUAUCAGCUAAUCUAUUUGGGGAUUCCUGGAGACUACAGCCUUAUUGCCCAGAUGCUCUGGAAAUUUCAGUGAAUCGAAAAGUAUGGGCCAUGAAACAAUGCGGUCUGCUGAAGUCCUCACUAUUUGCACCAUGCCACUCCGAGGUGCCCGUGGAGUAUUUCUUGGAGAAAUGCAUAUUCGACAGCUGUGCAUGUGACCAAGGAGGAGACUGUGAAUGUUUCUGUACAGCAUUAGCGGCUUACGCUCAGGAAUGUAACAACAGAGGAGUACCCAUCAAGUGGCGGUCUCAACAACUUUGUCCAAUGCAAUGCGAUGAAAGAUGUGCAGAAUACAGUCCAUGCAUAUCCACUUGUCCGGAAGAAACUUGUGAGGAUAUACUUAUCAACACCAAAAUAGCAAAAACUUGUGGAGCAGACACUUGUAUAGAAGGCUGUGCCCCGAAACCAUGUCCUAGUGGCUACAUUUACACCAACUCUUCUAUGCUGGAAUGCAUUCCAAGGAAUGUGUGCAAGCCUGUCUGCAUGGAAAUAAACAAUGUCACUUAUUAUGAAGGCGAUCUGAUAGAGGAGGACGAUUGUCACAGUUGCUAUUGUUCGAGACAAAAGAAAAUUUGUAAUGCUCAACCGUGUACUACCACUGAAAUACCGGAGUACACAACUCAUCAAAUGGAACAGGUCGUGCCCUGUACGUCUGGAUGGUCGAAAUGGAUCAAUAGAGAAAAGGGAGCUUCGAUAAAAAGUAAGAAGAGAACUAACAGAAAAGAAGUGGAGCCACUACCGUCUGUUACUUAUUUGAGUAAUAUUCAAGGAUCCAGUAGGUGCAAUAUUAGCAGUAUGAUAGAUAUUGAAUGUCGUACUGUAGACACACACACGCUUCCAAAAGAAACAGGUCUAGACGUUGAAUGUUCCUUGGAAAGAGGUUUGAUUUGUCAGUCAUCAGAUGAUCAGAAGCUAUGUCCAGAUUUUGAAAUUCGCGUUUUGUGUCAAUGCGAAGAACAAACCACCACGAUAGAAUACACAACUGAAUUUAUCACCGAAAAAGCAGAAUGUGUAAUUGACACCCCUAGUAAGGAACAUCCAACGGAUUGCUAUAAAUUUUAUGAAUGUGCCCCUGGUCCAAACGGUAACGAAUAUGUGGAGAAAACAUGCGGGGAAGAUAUGAUGUACAAUCCCGUGACAAGAGUAUGCGAUUGGCCACGAGAAGUUAUAUCAAUCAAAAAAAAAUGUAAGUUGGUAGAUCUUACACCUUUACUACCAAAUGUUGUUUUCAACGCCUCCAGUAGCCGGAGUAAAAUAUUUUCACCAGAAUAUGCACUGCUGAACAGUGUAGUAACUGACACUUCUGGAGGUAGCUGGGCACCAGUAGAAUCUGAUCACCAUCAGUUUUUGGAAAUUAAUUUGGGAAAACAAGAACCAGUAUAUGGAGUAAUUGUGAAAGGAAGUCCCUUAUACGAUGAAUAUGUUACAUCGUAUAAAGUAACGUACAGCGACGAUGGUCACCAUUUCUAUCACAUUUUGAACGACGAAAACCAACCACUGAUCUUCCAUGGCUCAGUUGAUGGAUCAACACCAGUUCGGCAACUUUUCGAAACUCCUAUUGAGGCACAAGUAAUUCGUAUCCAUCCGGAAACGUGGAACCAUGGAAUUUCUCUUAGAGUUGAACUUGUCGGUUGUUCGGAAGAAGAAAUAUCAACUUCACCGCUACCUACGACGACCCAAAUAAUAACCAUUACAGUUGGAAGAUCGGAGCUCAGACCAAUCGAAGCUGAAAUACCAAAUUGUCCCCCUGGAAAAGAAAUUGACUCUUGUGCGAUAGAAUGUGAUAAGCUGUGUAUGCAUUAUUCAUUUAUCGUCAGAGAACAGGGAUUUUGUAAAGGUGAAACGAAGUGUGAAGAAGGAUGUGUCUCCGCUGAGAAAAAGAAGAAGUGUCCUAAGGGAAUGGUCUGGGCAGACGAAAAUACAUGCGUUUCAAUAGAAUCUUGCUUGUGUGUGAAUCAUGAAGGCGAACCUUUGAAACCAGGAGAACUAUUCGCAGAAGAUGACUGCAAAGAAUGUCAGUGUAUCGACAACGCAUAUUCAUGUCACGAAGCUGAAGAAUGUACUGAAGGAAGAAUGUUGCCUGGGCACCGAGCUAGAGGAAAAUCUGAGGAAGUUUAUGUGAAACCAAGUGUUACACCACCACCUCAGUGUGACGAAAACAGGUAUUCAAUCCAGGAUUUAUUAAA